CGUCGUCUUGUCGUCGUCGGCUCAAACAAAAUCGCGUUGAAAUGUCCUGAAAACAAAAUAUUUGUUCAUCGCACGGACUUCUUUGGAAGAUUCCAACAAAGCGAUGGCUAUCGGGCAGGUACCUUCAAAAUCUUAACUGAGGCUCAGGUAAAUAUUAACUCAAAAUUAAAUAAAAAUUAUGGAUAGCUCAGAGUAUGAAUUGGUAAGGAAUAUGACCUUACUAUUUUUCUUUGAAAGACUAAUGGAUAAAGGAGGUCCUAGAACACUUCAUGAUUUAAGUUGUCAGUUCGGUGCUAAGGGGUUUACUAAAGAAAUGCGACAGAUAGCUGGUGGCUCUCAGUCAGGACUGAAAAAAUUUCUAGCUCAGUACCCUUCAUUGUUCAUCGUGGAUGGGGAUUAUGUUUCCAUAAAUUCAUUUAUGUCUAACCACACUGAAGCUGAAGAUACAAAUUCCAGUAGUAGACCAAACUUAGGAAAACGUGACUAUGUCCAAGAAGCUGUUGAAUAUUUUUCGUCAAAGUUGAGACAAUAUGGUGUAGGCACAGAGGUACCUAUAAAAAGUCUUCUCGGUCAUAGAUCACAAGCCUCACCUGAAGUGCGCCAUAUAUCAGGACAACAUGUACGUGAAUUCCGUGAUUUCUUAUGCAAAUAUCCUGAAGCAUUUAUCGUCAGUGAAGAUACAGUGAUGUUAAAGGAAUAUGAAGGAAAAGAGCCUCAGCCUUUUUGUGAGUUAGAAAAUGUUAAGUUGGACCCUGAUGUUACGUAUCGCUUGUUGGAUUUUUUCAAGAAAUGCAUCGAAGUUAAAGGACCUAUGCUUGUAGAUCAACUGUUUCACCAUGUCGUCUCUUUCUUUCCUCAGGACUUGUGGUUUGGAAUUUUCAAGACUUCUCAAGAUCUAUCAACAUUUCUAAAAAUGCACUCAAAUAUGUUUACUGUUCAGGCCAAUCUAGUGAAUAUCAUCCAAACCCCAAAUAAGGUCGCAGAAAUCAACUCCAUUAACAAACCAAAUGUCGAUAAUAAGUUUGUUGAUAAUGAUGCAAACACAAUCAUUAAUAACAAUCAAAACAAUAAUAUGGCCAGUCUAAAAUUAUCACCCUUGAACCAAGAGUCAAAUGAGAAGGGAUCAGUGUCAAGUGCUGGUGUGCCAAAUCAAAAUCUCAGCCUUAAGCAGAGAAUCAAUUCAUUGGUGAUGAAAACUUUAGCUGACAAUACAGAGAAGGAUCGAAAUUUAGCAGCGGCCUCAGUCAACAAUGGCUUAGGAGCAAAUAACACAGACAAUUGGAAGAAUAAAAUUGUACAGUCAACAAGAGUUAUAGCAAACAUAAAGGAAUCAUUGCAGAUUAUUGAAGAAGUGAUGAGAAAAUCACCCUCAGCCAUUUCAUUUGAUUGUGAAGGAAUAAACUUAGGGAUUAAAGGACAGUUGACACUUUUUCAAAUAGGUCUGCCAUCAGGGCAGGCCUACAUUUUUGAUCUGAUAACAUGUCCUUCCUUAGUCACUUCAGGCGGACUGCAGAAGCUGUUGGAAUCCGACAAUGUAAUCAAGGUGAUUCAUGACUGCCGCAACGACAGUGUCAACCUCUACAACCAGUUUGGCAUAACUCUGAGAAAUGUUUUUGACACUCAGGCGGCCCAUGCUGUACUGCAGCUCCAGCAGAUUGGGAAACCUGUGUAUAAGGUGAAAAACAUCAGUCUUAACGCUCUGUGUGAACUCUAUGAAGCUCCCAUCAACCCCAUGAAGGAGCAGUUGAAAAAUGUCUACCGUCGAGACCAGCGGUUCUGGGCGCGCCGACCUCUCACUCGGGAAAUGAUGAUGUUUGCAGCGGCCGAUGUUCUCUCUCUGGUGCCACAUGUGUACAACGCCAUGCUCAAACAGAUCCAUUCAGAAUGGGAAGGUCUUCUGGCGGAACUGUGUGAAGAACAGGUUUACAUGCAUAUUCGUCCGACAGAGGUGAAACAACGCAAGAAACAGCGGAAAGUGGAAAGUGAAGUAAGCGACUUGAGGAGCAAAUUGUCAUCGUCUUCUCAAUCAGGCCGCAACAUCGUGCUCAGCAACCGGGAGAUAAGACUGCUUAGGUAUCUGGAUUUAACUGACGAAGAAAAAGAGAAACUAAAGGGAUCGUACAAAGUUGCAAGAAAACUUGAAAAACUCGAAGGAAGGAUGAAAGAUGGUGAGGACGGAGAUGGGGAAUACCCGAGUUUGGAUAGCUACAACAGCGGAAAGUCAACACCCUCGGACAAUUCACUAUCAGGUGAAGCGUUGAGUCCAUGCUCCGGACCUCGCAGUCUGACAGAGUCGAUGCAACAGAUGGACGACAUUCUGUCAGACACGGGCAUGGAUCGUCUGGACAAGAUGGAACGUCUCGAGGCGCUGUUGACAGCCGCUGUGACGGGGCUGGGCGGGGGUGGCGGAGGAAGCCGGGGGGUGUGUGACUGUCAAUGCCACUCAGCUCCGACCGCAGACUCUACGUCACAAACACUGUCCACCGGGGACAUUGUCAUCACCAGGAUUCAUUUCAACGAGGAGGACCAAGAAAAGGAACGUACCUUGUUGUGCUCCCCUAAGCACUGAUGAAUGGCUCAAUUGUAAAAUAUACUUAGCGCAGUCUUAGUCUCGUAACACGGUGAAUUUGUAACAGGGUUUUAGUUUGUUUAUUAACCUCACCAAAGUUAAGUAACAGUAAUUUCACAUGUUUGAAAGUACAGUUUCAUCCUCCAUGAAGGCUCCAGACAUGCGCCGCUGGCCAAGCACUAAAUAUUUGACGUUCGGCGAUCUAGUUGUCUUGCUAUUUGCCGAUUAACGUGUAGACGUCUACACACAUGUGUUGUUUUCCGAGCCACUGUUUGUUUUUCGUUUCUGUUGGGCAACACACGAUCAAGAAUGCUCGCUGCCUGCCAAAUAGGCAAACACUUAUCUAUCUACCUUACUCGUGAUUCGGAGAGUCGCUGCUCGGUGCUUGGCGAAUGGCGCAUGUCUGGAGCAGCCUUAAAAGAAUGUAAAGUAUCUUUACUCCUGUAACUUCCCUAAAGUCUUAACUCAGUGUGAAAUGUAAAUGGAUUCAAUGCUCAUGUUUUUAUUAAGUAGACAAGUAUGUUUAGAUAUUAAAAGAAGUUAGAUUGUUAUUCGCUUACACAACAGGCCUUGUAUAGCUAUGCUAUUUCAUGUGUGAUAAUAAAAACUAAAUGCUAUAGUA